AUGUUUCACGCUCUCCAGCGGACCUUGGACAAAGUGGCGGGGCAAACACUGCAGUUGGAAUUGCAGGUCCGUUCCCAGGGAAUCACCUACGCGGUGGAACGGGCCCAGAUGCCGCCAGGCGUGCCGCAGGAGGCGAAUCAGCCGCUGUUCGAGUUUCGCUCGCUGAACCCGCGCUACCAGUUCGAGUCGUUCGUGGUGGGGCCCUCCAACCGGCUGGCUUUCAGCGCCGCCCACGCGGUGGCAGAGGCGCCGGGCGUUACCUACAAUCCGCUGUUCCUGUAUUCCGGAGCUGGACUUGGGAAGACCCACCUGUUGCAGGCAAUCGGGCGGACCUGCGCCACGCGGGGCAUGUCUGUCCUGUACGUAACCUCCGAGCAGUUCACCAACGAAUUCAUCGCAGCCAUUCGCAGCCGCACUACCGAGGACUUUCGCAAGCGAUAUCGGUCGGUGCAGAUGCUGCUGGUGGACGAUGUUCAGUUCCUGAGCGGUAAGGAACAGACGCACGAGGGCUUUUUUCACACAUUCAACGACAUCCACAAUUCGGGCCACCAGGUGGUCGUGUCGUCCGAUCGACCGCCGCGCGAGUUGCCGCUGAUGGAGGAGAGGCUCGCUCCCGGUUCGAAUGGGGCCUGA